GUUUCAGGAAGGGGGAGGAGAAAUAGGAGAUUAGUUACUGUGUGCUCAGUGUGUCUAUUCACACUCCUUCACAUUAGUUAAAGAAGUACAAGGCAGAUCAUACACCAGGAUGGACUUUGAUCCUUAAUCAGAGCAUCAGGUAAGGAGACAGAAUACUUUGAAUAUGGGGGGAAUUUUUUUUAGUUCUCCAGGGGCAAUAAAAAAAAUAAAAAAAUAAAAUAGACUCCGUUGUGCGUUCUAUCGUGGAAUGUAUGGUAUUGUAGAACAUUGUAUCCAGUAAAACCACAUCCUUGAUGUCAGAUCACAUAUCCUGGCUUGCUUCUUUUUCUGAACCAUUUUAAUAUAUUUAUAUGUGACAACUCAUUAUGAAUGCACUAUUAAUUGUUUUCUUUUGUAAACUCUGGAAAACUAAGUCGAGCAUUUCAAAUGGCAGAAAUCACAUAGGCAGUGGAACAUUUCAAGUUGUAGAAUUGAAUUAACCCUUUCAAUCCCAGCAGUAUUAGUUUAUUAACUGGCAUGAGGUUUGCUGCUAGCCUAGUAUAUAUAUCAGGAUUAUUAUUUUUUUUUAAAUUUUAAUCCUAGUAGAUUUUUUUUUUUGUUUAGCAGUCUUUAUUUGUAUUCAGGGAGGAGGGGUAGAUUUGUUAAUUAAUGUUUGCAUUGUCCGUGAUUAGAUCUUUUUUUGAGUUUACAUUGUGCUGUAUUGUUUUUUGAUGGCAGGAGUUGAUCCGAGAAGUGAGCUUUAAAGCCCCCGCCCCAGUUUUGUUAUACAAUAGCCCAAAUCAGGAGAGAGAGGGAUCCCAGACGCCUCUGCUGGUGGACACACAACACCCUCUGGAAGAGACUCACGCAGUUAGGAGGGAGGAUCUGCAUAGCCAGCUCUGGAUACACUGCUUGCAGGGAAGGGGAUCUGACCCUGGACAACACACCAAGGAAAAGAUCACACCACUUCUCCCUGGACCUUGGAUUUACAAAGCACUGAGCCCACAUUAAGGAAGGGCUGCUGGGAAAUACAAUCCUAGAUAUUAUAGCCGCUGUUUAAUUAAAGAAGGUGAGUUUUUACUGUUUUAUCGUUUUGUGCUGUAAUGGGUGCCAUCCCUUGGAUAUUGGAUUGUUUACUGAGAUUACCAUGAGACUUGUAGGACACUCCAAGGAGAGACUGUGUGUUACCUGCAUUUACCCUUUGUGUGCCUGUAUGUCACAGAAUCUCAGGAAAUUACUCGGGCAUAAUUCCCCCAGGGUCUGAUUGUUGCAAUGUAUGGGCUGCUGUGUUAAACUGAGGGGUUUCCUGACUCCUGCAGACUGGCUGGGGCCCCGGAGAGGGUUUUAUUAAUGCAGGAAGUGAGUGCUGACGCAUGGUGGCUGGAUUUAGGAGCAAUGUAGGCAUGGUGGUGGCUGGGUUUAGGGUUAAGGUGGGCAUGGUGGUGGCAGGGUUUAGAGGUAAGGUGGGCAUGGUGGUGGCAGGGUUUAGAGGUAAGGUGGGCAUGGUGGUGGCUGGGUUUAGAGGUAAGGUUGGCAUGGUAGUGGCAGGGGUUAGAGGUAAGGUGGGCAUGUGGUGGCUGGGUUUAGAGGUAAGGUGGGCAUGUGGUGGCUGGGUUUAGGGGUAAGGUGGGCAUGGCAGUGGCUGGGUUUAGGGGUAAGGUAGGCAUGGUGGUGGCUGGGUUUAGAGGUAAGGUAGGCAUGGUGGUGGCUGGGUUUAGAGGUAAGGUAGGCAUGGUGGUGGCUGGGUUUAGAGGUAAGGUAGGCAUGGCGGUGGCUGGGUUUAGGGGUAAGGUAGGCAUGGUGGUGGCUGGGUUUAGAGGUAAGGUAGGCAUGGUGGUGGCUGGGUUUAGAGGUAAGGUAGGCAUGGUGGUGGCUGGGUUUAGAGGUAAGGUAGGCAUGGUGGUGCCUGGGUUUAGGGGUACGGUAGACGUGGCUGGGUUUAGGGGUACGGUAGACGUGGCUGGGUUUAGGGGUAUGGUAGGCAUGGUGGUGGCUGGGUUUAGGGGUAUGGUAGGCAUGGUGGUGGCUGGGUUUAGGGGUAUGGUAGGCAUGGUGGUGGGUUAAGCUAGAAUAUAUUUACAGAAAUAUCACAAUAUAUCUGUUUAGGGCACAACCAAAAGUCUCUCUCUGUAGUAUAAGAGAACUCUGGAUUAAUCCUUUCACUGUGUGCAUGUGGGUACGUUCCAGGCACUGUCAUAUAAUACACUAAUAUAGAGAAAGAGAAUCAGGGGGAACAUUCCCUUGGGUUCUAUGAUGACUGCUCCACAUUUAGGAGUAAAGUGUCAACUAUGAUUUAACAAUGGAGACUGUUUAGUGUGUGUCUGUCUGCAAUUACUGAUUGAUUAAACAAUCAAUGUCAAAUAUAUUAGUAAUAAAAUGCCCAAGCACUCCGGGGAAGUUGGGGCUGGGAAGUCUGACAUCCCUGCUUGUAGAUUUGCAGCUUCUAUUUGUCCCAUAAUUCUUUACUUUGGGGGUAAAUUGGAGAUGCACGGUGAGAUGCUGAAUUCACAGAAGGUCCCAGUGCUUGAACCGGAUGUGGGGGUUAACUCCAUCACAGAACUCCUUUAACCUUUGUGUGUGCUGGUGGAUAUGCAUGUCAAUUGGGAUUUUGACUUGAUCUUGCUCUCCAGGGGUUAAUAUUGAAGACACUGAUAUCUGUCCCUGGGCUGUUUCUCCAGAGUUUGGCUUUGAAACCGAGAUUAUUUUUCUAGUUUUUGAGCUUUGUAUGGAUUGAGUUGUGCAAUUCUGUCAAAUUAUGUUACUUAUCAUGAAUGAAUUGAUUGCUUAGAGGGGCAAAGGUUUAAAAAUAUCAGGAAGUAUUACUUUACCGAGAGGGUAGUGGAUGCAUGGAAUAGCCUUCCAGCUGAAGUUGUAGAGGUUAACACAGUAAAGGAGUUUAAGCAUGCAUGGGACAUGCAUAAGGCUAAACUAACUAUACGAUUAAUGAAAGUAUUAUUUAAAAAAAAAAUAGGCAGACUAGACGGGCCGAAGGGUUCUUAUCUGCCGUCACAUUCUAUGUUUCUAUGACCUGCAUUCUAGCACAAAUAUAUAUAUAUAUAUAUAUAUAUAUAUAUAUAUAUAUAUAUAUAUAUAUAUAUAUAUAUAUAUAUAUAUAUAUAUAUAUAUAUAUGGUAAAAAAAUGAAUAUUGUUUUUUCUUUCUCUUGGAAUCCUUAGUGUGUGUGUGUGUGUGUGUGUGUAUAUAUAUGUAUAUAUAUAUAUAUAUAUAUAUAUAUAUAUAUAUAUAUAUAUAUAUAUAUAUAUAUAUAUAUAUAUAUAUAUAUAUAUUUAGUAUACGAACCAACUAACCACAUAAGCAGUGAGUCAUGUAAAAGUAAGGAUGUUUGUAUCUGCAUUUAAACCCAUUUUUUCCAGCAGACAUUGCUAUUUUUUCUUUAUCUUAUUAUACUGGAUACCUUAUCUGGGAGUUAUCAAGUUGUAUGUAGAAGAUUUGUCUUUGUGAGCUCCAGAUGAGUGAUGGCAGGAAGGAGAGCAUUAGAUAAGGUCAUUUGCUUUUUUGAGUUCUAAUCUGAUUAUUCAUGCUAAGCUCUGGUUAGCACUACCAGAACCACCAUUCUUUCCCACACAGAUUCUGUUGGAGUGUACAUAAAAAGUGCUGCUCUGCUGCAGGAAUCACUGGGUAGCCACUAUAAUUAAUCCUAUAGAUAUUCCUUCAGCAGUAUGUGAAUUCUCCGUAUAAAGGAGAACUUUCCAAGUGAUGAUCAUCAGCAUGAGAAAGUAGUGUGUUCAGGAAAACAUGGUUGAUCUGGCAAACCUUGCUGUGCGUGUCACAAGAGUCGGGUGGAGAUUGUAUGUAAAAGAGGGUGUGCUGCUGUCAGAUAUUUUAUAUGGGAGAAUAGGCUUAAGUAAAUUUUCAUUCCCAAAACAAACGUAAAGAAUUAAAGGAACACACCCCGCACCAUAACCACUAUAGACAUUGCAGUAGAUCUGGCGCAAUGCGUGUUUGGGUGCUGUCCUUCAGUGUUUGAGUGGCUUGACAAAAAACAGGUCACUCCCCAGCACACUCUUCUUUGUCACUGGUAAAAUAAUGUAAAAGUUGUGUGUGUGUGUGUGUGUGUGCGCAGUAUUCAUUCAAAGUUGGGCUAUUUAGAGUGGCUAUAGUGGAAAGUGUAAGCUUGUUGAAGCAGGAUCUUCCCUACCUCUUGUUUCUGUAAAGUCAAUGUUGUGUUGCUGAAUUUACAUUUGUCUUAUGGCUUCAUUAUAAGAUGCUGCAGAUAGUGUUGGCACUUUUAAAAAACAAUAAGUUUAAUUGUUAUCCAAAUGGCAGCAGAGAAGCAGGCUUUCAGUGCCAGAAGAACCCUAGUUUUCCUUAAAUGGGGGGCCAGUAUCUGGUGACUCGUAGUACCAUAUCCACUGCAACAAACAGUAGGACUAUUAGAGUGCAAGUUUACCCCUUUUUUUGUGGGGGGGGGUUUGUGUUUGUCAAUAGCAUCAUAAAUUUUGGCAGCGGAAAGAAUCAACAAGAAUCUAGUACUGUGAUUCUUUGUUCUAAUUGAUGUCUAAUUUGCAUACCUAAGCACAAAACCCAUCCUUUUUGGUUAGAUUCUCAGCUUGUUGUCCCCACCCCCAUGGUUACAGCUGUUUCACUACUGGCUAAAAACAGAGCGAUGCAAUGUUGAAUAGAAUCAAAGCACCAAAACCACUACAUCUUAAAGGAACACUGCCAACACCAUAGUCACUACAGCGUACUGUGCAGCCUGGCACCAUCCCACUGUAACAUAUCAAACAUGCUAAAGCUUAAUUUCUCAAUAGAACAGUAGAGGGACCGUGCAGUACAAGCACACCCAAUGCUCGACUCUCGGGUCUUUACAGGAACAUCAUCAUAUGAUAUCCAAAUGUGGUGUUUUUAGUGAGAGAUUGUGUUUUUUUGGGGGGGGGGAGAGGGGAGGGAAAAACACUUUUUUUUAUAGGCAUUCUCGUAGUAGAUUCCAAAAUUCUUGGAUGCAGUGGACAUCCAACACUGCAAUGGAAUGCACUCUGAAACUUGAAUGAUUGUCUCGAUCCAGUAACCAUUCUGUAUCAAAUGUUAGACCAAAAUAGCCAAAGUUGAAGUAUAAAUAACUUUAAGAGUUUUGCCAAUUCAGCUAUAUUAAUCUUUUUCAAAGUUUUCAAAUUAUCUUCCAUUCCACAACAAUGCACACUUAAGUACAGGACCCAGUAAGUGUUCCUACACUAGAUCUGUUUGAGGGUAUUUUAAGUUUUGUGUGAGUACUAAUCUAUGUUAGUGGGCUAAGUAUGCAGACUGUUGCUCCAACAGAGGUGUUAAUUUGUGAAGUCAAAGUAUUCUAGUGGAGGUUAUCUCCAAAUAAAUACCACCCAAGGCAAUGAGUGUUGGUGGGGGUAGCAUUCUCAUUAUCCUGCUAUCACUGUAACAUCUAUCAUUUAACUUUUUAAAUUACCCUUUAGGGGAUUUUAAAAGUGACCUGAACUAAAGUUCUUUAAAGGUCACUUUUUUUUUUUUUUUUUUGAUAAUCUAGAAAAUAACAUACACUUAGAUCAAGUGAAAAUGAUGGACUAUUUGAAAGCAUAAACCUCAGCAUUUAAAAACAUAUCAUUUGAUUGACAAUCCUAUUCUUAAUGCACUGUGUUUAAAAAGAGGAUAUUUAUUACACAAAAAAAAAACCUAUCAAACAAACUAUAAUGACGACAACAUGAUGUUUAAAGAAUUGCUGACAUUUGAUUGAAAACGUGUGUGUGUGUGUGUGUGUGUAUGUGUUACACACAAAAUCUACAGAGAGGCUGACUUUUGGGGAUAUAUUUUUUUUUUUUUUAAACCCGUUACUGACUGUAAAACAAAAAACAAAAAAACCCUAGAUAUUUAAGCACACUGACAGGUACACUCAAAACCCUAUAAGCACUACAGCCUACAUUAGUGGUUUGGUGCCUGAAGGGAACUGAUGCGGUCUCACUGUAGGUAGCCAAACCGUGUUCAGUAACCUUACCUGCGCCUGCAAGAGCAACCAGAUUUCUCUAUAGAAUAAAGUACUGACAAUCUACUGCUCUUUGGUUGGUGUUCAGCUGGUGCUCUCAGCUGAAGAGCGCAGUCCAGCAAGGCCUUGCUUAGUUCUUCAGGAGAAGACUGGAAGCAGGACCUGCUGUGGGCUCCCAGGAGACCUAGGUCUUGACUACUUAACAUGAAAUUCAACCUGGGCCCUCCUAGCACCAUAAUCCAUACAGUGCACUGUUUGAAGUGUUCUUUUAACCCCUUAAGGACCAAACUAAUUGAAUAAAAGGUAAUCGUGACAUGUCAAACAUGUCAUGUGUCCUUAAGGGGUUAAACAGGGGAAAUGGGCUACACUGAGGUUUUCAAACCUUCAUAAUAAAUAGAUCCAACCUACACAGAUCCAACUGUUUACAAAUUAUGCUUGACAGAGGCUGCUUAGCUAUGGUUCUCUGGUAUAUGGGAGUGAGUCCACAUUGCGACCACCAAUGAAGUUUUAUACACAGUAAAGUGAACAAUGGUGGAAGGUUACCACCAUUUUGUUUUGCUUGUUGCCAUCUUUGUGUAACAUAAGUGGAAUAUCUAUUGAAGGAGCCUAGUUCAGAUAGAAUGUUUGCUCCUUGUCACGUACUAAGAUCUUAUGAAUUUGAGUGUUUUUGCAUUAUUGCAUAUUUAGAAAACACUGCUCUCUAACCUAUAAUACAUUUGUGGAGGGGGUAUAAUAUUAGUAUUAUCAAACCCUUUCCUCCAAGGGAAUUUUAACAAAGGGGCCAUAUCAGAAUUUUAUUACUGGAAUUACUGAACGUUAUGUCCAACUUUGUGAUGUAAGCGGAGUACAAGAGGUCUCUCUUUAUACAUUGUGUUAAUUUUUUUCACAGGGGCAAUGUACAGCAUAUUUCAACAUGCUCUGCGCAUAGUGUUCACUUUCUUUAAACGGAGCCGGGUUUAUAUUUAGGAACUGAGCAGGGAUAUAUUGAGAGAACCUUCCUUUGUAUUGAAGCGCACGCAUGAGGAACAAGCUGUGCUCUGACAGUUGCCCGGAACAAGCCCUCCAGACAGAAAUAAAAGAUUAUGACGUAUUUAUUUGCCACCAACCCCCAUUCCGUAGUCUUCCUCACUGUUCUAAUUGCAAGCUGUGUAAAUUCAGCUUUAGCAGAAGCUUGAGAUAAGUCACAUCAAGAAUGGAAAACUUGUCUGACUGGUUCUGGUGUCGAACUUGCUUGCUUUCACUUGCUCAACUUUAUGUAACACUUCUUGUCGAGCACUAUCAAUAGAAGGUAAAUUCAUAGGUUGGACACGAAACGGGCAGAUUGCUUUGUAAAUCUACACGCACUUGUUCUUCUGAAGGGUUUCAGAUUGAAUGAGCAAUUGUGCGCUACAAAUAAAGCAGGUUAACCUUGAUAUGUAGCCAUCAGGAUACUCGUCCAAGGGUGCAUUCUCUGAAAAAUAGAAAAAAAUAGUUCUUUAUGCCUCUUAUACCUGUUAAACUUGUGCACAUUUGUUAGAUUUUCAUUAGUCCAGGAGGAUCAGGUUUUUUAUUUUUUAAAAAUUCUUGAUAGACUACUUACACUUUUUUGUUACAUUUUUCUUCCAUUUUUUUAUUUUUUUUUUUUAAAGCUGCUGUUUCCAUGGUGAUGCCACACUUUAAUUACUUUAGAUCACCUUUUAAUUAAACAAAACACUCUGAUAGAGCUCUUAUUUUGUCAUGUGUUCCUUGAAGGUGUAGAGGUUUACCAAAUGAUGGGUGUCAUACAUUGUCAUGGCAGACUCAUUGUCAGACCUGAGUAUAUGCAAAUGUGUUUGUUAAAGCUUAAAAUUAUUUUAGUUAUUUUAUAGGUGCACAUGUAUUCUAAAUUGUGAUUGUGUUGGCAGAUGUACUUUGUAAGAGCUUUUCAGUGAUUUAUCAUUGUGGACUGGACUAGGUGUAGCAUAUACUUAUGUAACUGGUUAUUUAUUUUAGACCUCAACUACAAAAUAUUAUGUGACCCCUAUAGUUGUCGCUUUCAGGAGAAGAAACAUUCUUCCUGCAUUUUUAAAAAAUAUUUUUUUACUUUGGUCUUUGAGCAGAUUCCUUUUACAUUUGCUUUGGAAUGUGUUGCUCAGCUCUCUAGAAUUUACAGGGUUAAGACAAGACUUGAUUCCUUUCUGCAUGAAUCUGGAAUGGUGGGUGUGACAGCUGUAUGUAUGGGGUGGAGGACGUGCGAAUUAAUGGCAUCUGUCGCAAUGUGACUAAAACAAAGGAUUUGGAUCUUUUUAAAACAUUUUAUAUUUCUGGAUUCAAACAUGGGUUUUAUUAAGAUUUUCUUCUGGAUUUUACUUUUAAGGCAUUGCAUCCUUCGCAGGCCAAGUGUAUGAUGCAUACUAUUCCAUCGCAGUCCCUAUCUAUCCUUUUGUAUACAUUACAUUUUCAGCCAUAAGCGUAAUGGAAAGGGAAUAAGCUUAUUGAAAGUAAUUGCAAUUAAUGGUAGGAUUAAGAGCCAUUUUUCGUCUGCAUCUAAUUUUUGGAUUAAGCAUAUUUGAGGUCUGUUUAUUUUCUUGUUUUCAAACUCACGCUGCCUGAAUACCACCAAUUUAGUAUGUUCCAAUGGUGUAUGAAACCUUCUGAAAUCUGAUCUCCUCUGGAUCAGUGAAGUCUUAACAAUGCUGUUAAAAGAGCACUAUAGUAUGUAUUCCAUACACUAUAGGAACCCUCUACACCUACCCUGCCGUUAUAAAGGGCUCCUCUUCCACCAACGUCCGCUGAUCAGGGGAACCUAAUGCCCAUACAUAGCGAGCGCCCUGUGCAUUACGCCUUCCCAGUAGCCAUAUGGAAGAAUUGAUGUGAUGCUUUCAAUAAAUAUUCCAUCCAAACACAGCUGGACUUAUCACUAAUGCGGAAGGAAAGCUUUAUGGAUAAACGGAGAGGGAACAAGGCAAGUGUCAAAUUAUUCAAAACCAUUUUGCCUCCUUACCCUGGGAUAGUGCCUUCCAGGGGACUCCUGGGUCCAUAACCACUGUCCGCUAAGGAAGCUGUUUUGUUCAUGUUUUUCCCAUGACUGUAAAAACUGCCACUGCUGAACUAAUAUCCCAAAAACCUCUGUGCCAUGGGCAAACCCUGUUUCUCACUUGGCGUCUGAGUUGGCAUCUAGAUUUUAGCAGGGCGCUGGGGGGAGUUUCCAUGAAAAAGAUCCCUCUAUUAUGACUGACACUUCUACAGCAAGUGUGUUGUGCGAUUGGGUUUGUGAAAUAGCUAUUGUUUUUUUUGUAUGUGUGUGUGUGUGUGUGUGUAUGUAUGUGUGUGUGUAUUGGCAUAUGUCUAAGACAGCAACUCCCACCCUGCAGAGACAGCCUACAGAUCAGGGAAGUGAGGGAUGGGGGGGAAAGGCUGCAAGGAGACAUGGGGACACUAAGGGACAUUGGGAGACAUUAUGACAGACACUUGGGGACACAGUGUCUCAUUGUCUCCCAGCCAGUGUUCCUGGUCUCCCAGUGCCCCCUAGUCUCCCAUUCCCCUUCAGUCUCCCAGUGCCCCCAUAUCCCUGGUGUCAGUGUCGCCUAUUUUCUCAGUAUCCCCAUGUGUCCCCUAGUCUCCUGGUGUCUCCGUGUCCCUGGGUCUCCCCGUGUUCUAGUGACAUGGGGACAUAGAAACGUGAGAAUACUGGAGGACACAGGGAGACAUGGGGCAUAGAGACACUGUGAUGCAUAGGGUCACUGGGAGACAUGGGGCACUAGACCUGGAGUAAACGACACAUGGGGGCACUGAGACAUGGGGACACUGGGAGCAGUCCAUCUAUAAAGCAGAAUCAAACUGUAAGUAGUUUGGUGAUUUUACAGCAUUUUCUUUUAUGUCACUCCUUGUAAUUUAUAUCAUGUGAUGUCACCCAUACAUAAUUAAUUAUGCAAAUUAGUAAGGCCGGUAUGUUUUUCCAAGAAAGGUGGCAACCCUAACUACUUUUCACAUACUCUUGCUUAAGUAUGGAAACUUAAGAGGGAUGUAUGGGAACAAAACUUGUGUGGACUGGCUGACAAUGAAAUUAGUUGAGGUAAUGCUGACUUUGGUCUCUCUAACACUGUGGCAUGUUCCCUUUCUUCUACACUCACUACAUAUAGCUUUUCUCUGUCCUAGACUAUAUACCAGGAGCUUCUGCCUGCUAGCAAGAAGGUAAGGAGACAAGUGGACCAGCGAGUGCUAGGGGACAGUCCUUAGAAAGCGUUGAGCGAGUGCAUCAUUAGACAUAUGCCAAGCUCAGGGUGCUGUCUGCAUAGUAUGCCCUUAGUUGGCAAGCUGCAUGAUUGCUAUGUUUUCAGCUGCAGGGUUAAAACUAGGGGGACCUGGCACCCAGACUACUUCAUUGAGCUGAAGUGGUCUGGCUGGCCUUCCAAUUCUUUGGGCAGACAUGUCCUGUUUUUGGGCAUGUUCGCCCCUUUUGGCAGUGAUUUGCAUCAUUGGCACACCCUUUUACUGCGCCCAUUGACUUCCUGCUUCACUGGACACUGCUGUUAGGAGUUAUGGAUUUACUUGAAAGAUGAAAACCUAAAUUAGAGGGAGAUUAGCGUAGGGUAUGUGUUUUCUUAUAGCUGCUGUUUUCUUUCUCUCCAGAACCAUCUCCAUCAAAUACAUGACGCUUGGGAGUGUUUUUGGUUGAUAAGAUUCUGUAAUUAGGCCCAUCGUAAUUGUCAGCACCAGGCCCACUGGGCUGUUAAUCUGGCCUUGUCCACACCUCUAUCCUGCAACUGGGCACCUCCAUUUUAGCUCCCUGUCAAUCUUCGUUAUAAACACUGCCCUUUGCACCUGGCACUCAGCAUAGAGAAAACACACAGAAUAGAAGAUAAAGGAAACAAUGUUUCUCUUAAUUUGCAUAGUUUGCCCUGUCUUCACCUUGUCUGAAUAGGAGUAUGAUGUAAUGUGUGUAGCAUCACAUGGAAACUAAAUAUGAAUCCAAUUUUUAUUGGUGAUUCAGUGUUUUUAUUCCAGGAAUGCCAUAAUUCCCUUUUAAUUUCACUAGAUACUUUAUGAUGUUUUUGUCAUUUUAAGCUUUUUUGGAAACUCUUACUGCUAUUGAUGCAGAUUUUUAAAUGAGUAAAACUUGGGCCGUCUAAAAUUAAUUAUUUUAUUCCACACUUAAUGUCCUGAAAUAUUUAUUUGCGAAGGAAUGAACACCCUGUAGAAGCAAGCAUAACUCUUGAAUGUGUGGAUUGUUCUACUAUUUAAAAUAUUGAGGUCCAUCCACAGGGAGGCAGGAAGGAAGGAAGUGCAAGAAUUGAAUGGGUCCUCAUCCCGUCUUUCAUUUCAGCCCAGCCCCAUGAGAGAAGCUGCUGAUUAACACAGUGUGGAUGAGCAGACAGAGUUUGUGUAACUGCAGGAAGUCUGUGACUGUUUUGUAGACCUCAUCGUUAACAGGUGGGGAUGGGUUGAGAUUGCCAAACCUGUGGCUGUAUCACUGGUUGUAUAUCCAGACGCUUACUUCAUCGCUCUCUCUGACAUUCUGUUCCCGAUACUGACUGAUUUAGAAAGUAUUGUUUGUUAAAGCAAACAUGUCACCUAUAAAUGUGCAGUAGAUGAGGUCAGUUUCAGGUGAGUAAUAAAAAUUUUAAUAUACACCUUGUGCUUGUGAAAUCGGCUCAUAGAGAAUCACCAUGUGUGCUAUGCAAUGUGCCAAUCAAUUUCUUUCUGUGAGAUGAAUAGAUUUAAAGUUAUGACAAAGUAGAUGAUGGUACAUCAGUCACUCCGUGAUGGCCAAAAAUACUUUGGGCGCAUUCCUGUGAUGUAGAACUAAAUUCUAGAAUGCUAACAUUGUGUGUCUGUCUUUAACUGGAUGCACCGGAUAUUUUCAUUCAAAUAGAUCUGUUCCUUUUGAGACUUAUACUGUGUUUCAGCCAUUCUAAUUCUUCAAUAUAUUCCAUGGAAGUGCACACGGUACUUAUGAAUAGUGUUGACUUUAUACCAGGGUAAACUAAAGGUUUUGAGCCUCCAAGCAUAAUGCUCCGUGUGUCCCUUUUAAGGUUUUCUUGACAUUGCUUAACUUUUUUAUUUUCCUGGCACUACCGGGAUAUUAGGUGCCCCCCUCCCACUGGGCUGAAGGGGUAAAAACCCCUUCAGCCACUUACUUUAAUCCAGCCCUGGGCUCCCUUGGCGCUGCUGACCGCUCCUCCCCCAGCAGAUGUCAGCUCUGAAUGGGCAUGUGCAUUCAAACCGCCCAUAGGAAACCAUUGCUCAAUGCUUUCCUAUGGACGUCCACCGUCUUCUCACUGUGAUUUUUCACAGUGAGAAUUGCGGAAGCGCCUCUAGCAGCUGGCAGUGAGAAAGCCACUAGAGGCUGGACACUGUAGUGGUCCUUUAACUAUUCUAAACAUCAGUAUAAUUCCCAUGUCAUCACAUUGUCUUACAGUGUUUCAUACGUGUAUUUUGAUUUCUAUAACCGAGCUUGGCACAAGAAAUCUACUAGCACAAACUCCAUGAUUGAUUACUAUGUGUACUAAGUAAGCAUAUGCUUGGGGUGGGUGUUUUUUUUGUUUUUUUUUUUGGUUUGUUAGAACUUGCAUGAAAGGAUGGACACAACUUUAAGAAUAUUUGAAAGGUUAUUACUUUGGAAGCACUUGCAUUAAUUGAAAUACAUGAGUCCAUUAACCCCUUAAGGACCAAACUUCUGGAAUAAAAGGGAAUCGUGACAUGUCACACAUGUCAUGUGUCCUUAAGGGGUUAAAGGACUUGAUACAUUUGAAUGCAGAAUGUUGGGAGAAAGAAAAGACAAUUCUAAAAUAUUCAGUAUUAACUGAUCUUGAAAUUGUAUUGACUGAGUUGUGAACUUUCACUUCCACAAUUAUAACCCAAAGACCAAUACCGUUCCUCCAGAAAUAUCCUUUUUCAUAAAGUCCAGAUUUGCAGAAUUAAAAUGCUUUUAGCAGAUGAAUUAAAUGUUGAAAAGGAGAUUAACUACAAUGUAUCUAUGCACAAGGAGAUUAACUAUGCUUUACAAGGGUGAGAUUUAGAGUUUGGUCUGAUAUUAGAGACAAUUUACAGCUAUGGGUGCCUGAGGCAUCUGAGCAAAGAAACUUAAAGGGACACUAUAGUCACCUGAACAACUACAGCUUAAUGUAGUUGUUCAGGUGAGAUCUAUAGCUCCCUGCAGGCAAUCUAAUGUAAACACUGUAUUUUCAGAGAAAAUACAGUGUUUUCAUUGAUAGGAAUACCUCCAGUGGCCGUCACUUAGACAGCCACCAGAGGGACUUCUUAUCAUGUAGGGCCCUAAAAAGGGCCUUGUACACGUCAGACGUAUUAAAAUACGUCUGACGUGUGCAGGAGAGAGAAGGCACUGUGUGCACGCCUUCUCUCUCCUGCCUGUUAGCAGAGGAGAGGGGGCGGGCAAAGACCACGAGCUGAGCUGUCAGCUCGCGGCCGCGCACACCGCGCAUGCCCAGUAGUGUGCUCAGGACUUCAGAGGGCGGCAUAAAUGCCACCCUAUGAAGUAUGUGCGGCAAAGACACACAUGCACAUAAGGGAACAAUGACGCUUCCAAAUGGAAGCGUCUGAUUGCUCCCUGCUCGCGCCCACCUAUUUCGUCAUUUUGACGAAAUAGGGGGCGCGGCUUCACGAGGCUCCCGGCGCUGUAACCAGGUAAGUAAAAUCCUCUGCCUGGAGAGUCCCUUUAAUGUGUGAGUUGUGCAUUUUACUUCAGCAAGCCUAGCAAUCCGUCCGAGCCACUGUACAGGGGAAUUAGGUGUGAGGAUUGUCAGUUGUGCUGUGACCAGGGAUGUGAACUAAGAGAUCUGUCUGAAUAUAUGAGUAGCAUUACAGAGUAACUAAGAUGUGAGGGGCGUCCGUUAUAUUGAAAGUAGGUUAUGAAGCCAGGAAGUCCGUUCCUGCUAUAAAGAUAUUAGAUGUAUGCGAGGUCACGGAUUUAGACUGGAAGAAAGGAGAUUUAAUUUAAAGAAAAGCGACUUCUUUUUUUUAAAUUUUUUUUAUUUAAUAUAUAUAUAUAUAUAAUUUUUUUUUUAUUUUUUUUUAAUAGUAGGAACUAUAAGGAUGUAGAAUUCUCUGCCUGAAGAUUUUUAAACAACAAUUGGAUAAAUACUUGCAAAAACAUAAUAUGCAGGGAUAUCAUUUCUUAUUAGUGGGGUAAUAGCUGCUUGAUCCAAGGAGAUAUCUGACUUAGAUUUUGGGGUCAAGAAGGUGUUUGUUGCAAAAUUGAAAGUGCUUCAGACUGGGUUUUUUUUUUUUUUUUGCUUUCUUUUGGAUCAACAGCAAAAACACAUGUGAGAAAGGCUGAACUUGAUGGACGCAAGUCUCGUUUCAGCUAUGUAACUAUGAGAGAUGCCAGUAUAAUGGAUCUAUGGUCUGGACGUUAGGAAUAGGUUAAUUGGGGUGUACUGGUGUUGAGGCUGAACUAUAAUGGUUAAUAUUUGAGCAAUGGGGAAUUGAUUGAAUAGGAAUGUUAAUUAAUCUCAGACUUAAUUUUUAACCCUUCUGGAGGAGAACACCCAAAUUAAACCUUGCAAAACAGGAUAAAAUGACUAGAAUAACUCUUGCAUUUCAGAAAAAUAUAAUCGUUUAGUAUGUCAAUGCAUAAAAUAAAAAGUAUCAUUUUCAGUAGACUUUCCCUGAAAGCCUGGGCCAGAUUUCUGAGUGAUGUUGGCAUCUGUCUAGAGGCACAUGAUUUAUAGGGGUACCACCGUAGCCUACUCUGCAUGUUAAAAGCAGCAAUCUUCAGUGCUUUGAUGUUUUCCCAGACUGCAAAUAUUGUCAAAUAUAAAAAUUGUCGAAUAUAAAGAACUUUUCAAAUGUGAAGGUUUUAUGGAGGAAGUGCCUCUAGUAGAAGACGACUGUCUUUACAGACACUGGAGGCUUGUUUUAACCCAAAUGUAAACAUUGACAUUUCUGAGAAAUCACAAUGUCUAACAUUGUCUGAGAAAAGGGUCCGCUUCUGUAUAACUAAACCAUGGUUUUUGGAUACUUAUUGUCGUCAUAAGGUGAAAUGUGUUUUGUUAUGUGCAGUUAUUUCCUGAUGGAGCUUGGGAUUUUUGUGGGACCUUGUAAAAAACCCACAGAGAGGAAUAAUAGAGUCGUAAAGACUUUGUGGUCAAUCCUUAGUAAAUAUUUCAAGAUCUUCAUCUCUGGUGCAGGACUCUUGGAUUCUGCUGAACUAAGACACAAAAUAUGGCAAACAGUGUAACAUUGUAUAUUAAAUGAGCCUGUCCUAUUAUUGUUGUAUGAAGCGGUUUACUGUGGUAACUCUGUAAAUGUACAUCCCCUACAUCACAGGUGGUGGGUACCCUCAUCUUCAUUAACAUUUUGCAAGCAAUUAUGGGAGACUUUGUAAUUUGUAAUAAAUGCCAAGCCAUACCAGGACAGCAUCAAUCAAGGGAAAAUAAAAACAUACAGAAUAGAUAAAUUAUUAGCUUGUUCUAUUAACCCAAGAUGGAUUAAAAACAAUUUGUUUAGUCCUUUUUACCUGUUGAGAAAUUACCUCAUAGACUCUUGUUAGUCAGUCAUGUCAUCUAUAAUCAUUUUUACCAAAUUUUUGCUCCUUAUUAUAUUAAAACCUAUGUGAAGUAGCACAGAAUUCUACAGUUCUCUAUUUAUUUUAGUUUUUUGCUUUUUAACAUUUAUGUAUUUAUUUUCUCCCUAUUACGUUGGAUCCCCUGUCUCUGGGAUGUUUUUUAGACUUUUCCACUUGGCUCUAGAACCACUUGCCUGGUGAUAAUGUGCAACUCAUGGUAGUCAAGUGUCUGUCAUGCUUGAUGAGACUCAGCUGUUCUGUAUCAAACUGUGAUGAGAUGUUUUUAAGUUGAAAAAUGUGACCUGAACUAAUCUGUUGCACUGAUUAGUGGCUGAAAUGAAUGAUGAUAAAUUGUAAAACCAAAAAAAAACACUGGUCCCUAGUCACUUAUGAUUUAUUUUCUUUCCCCCUUUCAUCUUUUAGCAUGGGAAGGGCUGUGCAUGUGAGAUAGUGACUUAAACUGACAGUGAUGUGUAGAUACCUUUUUGAUCUAUUUAAAAGAAAAUAUAGAGAGGUAAUUGUAUAAAAAAAGUCCCAUAACUUUUUUUUUUUUUUUUUUUUUUACAAAAAAAUUUAUAGGUGUUUUUAUUUUUUAAAGCAGACGUGCAGCUUCCAGUAACAUACCUCCCAGCUUUCACUUUGGAGACACAAUACAAUAUUGUGUGUUAAAUUUACUCACAUUGCUCUAAGCCAGGUGUUCCCAAUUAGUGUGUGUGUGUGUAUGUAUAUAUACACACACACUAAUUUCUACAAAUAGUAAACAGAUUGUUGUACUUAGGAGCAGGUGUGCUCCUGUGUGUAGCAUUAGUGUUUGUAUAUAACUUUAGCAUUUUAAUACAGGGAUGUGUUUGUAUGUAAUGUUUGUAUUUGCGUGCAAAGGUGUGUUUGGUUGUAGUGUUGGGUUUUAAAUGCAGAUGUACAUUUGUAUGUAGUAUUGGUGUUUGUAUAUAAUUUUGGAGUUACAGUUAAGGGGUUUCUUUUUAUGUCAUGUUUGUGUUUGCAGGGGUGUGUGUGGUGUUUGAUUGCUGGGAUGUCUGUACAUGUACUGCCACAUACAUACUUGCACAUUAAUUAACAAACAGACCAACACAUACAGUCAUAUACACACACUGACACCGAUACACACCUAGUGGCACAUACACACACCUUGACACACAGAUACACAAACUGGCACAUACACACACACACACACACACACACGUUUAUAUUUGAUUAGUGGCUGAAAUGAAUGAUGAUAAAUUGUAAAAACAAAAAAACACUGGUCCCUAGUCACUUACCUUUUUCUUCCUUCAGUGCUGCUGACUGAGGCUGGUGUGCUAGGUGCUCCAUACCAGCUACUCCAUUUCUUCCUCCAGCUGGUGCUUUAACAGGGAGCUGUCACUUCCUCCCAGCAUCCCAUACGACAGGGGUCCGGCCGAGGCACCUGACCGGACUCCUGAUUAGCGAUACCCAUCGGGUGGCUCUAAAUACUUGGGCCAACCGACGGGCAAAUUGCCACAGGACCCUAAUUUUGUUCUUGCGGAACACCAAUUGGGAAACGCUCUCUAGGCCAAAAUGCGCUAUUUGUGCUCAUGCAAGAGCACUUCACCAGGUUUCUACACAUUGGAUAGCUAACUUGCGUGCUGAUGUGCAUGCACACAUCCCUUCUCCCAUUUUAGUCUCUAGGUUUUUGGGGGGUUUUUCCCUCAAGUUUUGUUAUUUCCCAGCCAUCACCACUCACGGCUGUAGCAAAAAAGGCUCGGUCUGUGGAGGAUCUUGCUGUCUUGUGAGAUCUUCCAUAAAUCUCAGUGUUGUACUCUCCUACAUGAACACAGACGUGGGCUCCUGGCAGAUGAAGCUUAUGUGAGGACCAUAGAGAGUGACAGGCACUUUAAGUUUAAUGGAAUUUCAACAUGAAAUAACUGAGGCUGGAGACGGAGUGGCCGUGCUAUGUACAAGUCAUCAUAUAUAAUUAUAUGUGCACUGUCUCUAAGAACUUGGUUUGCAAAUUUGCUUUGUAGUUUCUUUUGUUCUUUCCUUGUGUCCUUGAAGUUGUAUCAUUCCAUUAGCUGACAUACUAUGUGUUUUUUUUUGUUUUUUUUUACUCCAGUGACUUUUGAGCCAAUACACUGCAUUGUGUUUGUGCUAUGCUUAGAACUGGUUACUUGAAAGAAUUUCGUACUUCCAAGUUCUACCGGAAGAACUUUCAUUGUCGUGGCUCACAUAGGCAGCCAACAGGUUUAUUUUUAUAAAGCAAUGUGAUCUGUUAAAGGUGUAUUGCCUUUUGACAUGAUAUGUUAAUGACGAGGUGUGCCCUUUCCCCUCGGCAUCAUGGCUUUGUCAUUCAUGUUUUGUUUGUUUAAGCAAUGUGAUACGAGCUGCUAUACGAAGGACUUUUUUGUAGUUUUUCUCCCAAAACUAAUUUCUGAAAUUCUUGAGCUAAAUUAGAAUUCCUUGCACUGACUAUUAUAUUGAAUACUAAAAAACACUGGUGGGACUGUUACAGUGCUGCUAACUCCUGACGUCUGACUGAAUAGAAAGGAAAAAGCAAAGCCAGUGAGAACUUGUGAAUAAACUCCCUCUGAGUAUAUGAGUUUAUCACUACUAGAAGCCUCCGUGUUUGAUUAUAGGUGUCCAGCCAGCUUUGUACCCAAGAAACCAUAACCCAAGUCAAUUAUUUUACAGUUACUAUGUGCGAUUUCUGAGGAAAGACCUGUCCCUUUCUGAUAUUGAAGUAUUAGGUUUCUGUGCUGUAUUCCAGACAUGAUAGAUCAAUCAUCUGGAGCAAAUUUAUUUAUUCAUAAAAUAUUUUACCAGGAAAGAUACAUUGAGAUUUCUCUCGUUUUCAAGUAUGUGCUGGGUCCACAAAACAUUGCAUUGUUACAAUAGGACUUUGAAAAUAUUUUACACUUUUUUUCAAAUCGUUCACGUUCACUUCUCUUGAAUAUGUUGCAUAGUAUAAUUCUCCUACUCACAAUGGAGGAACUCACACUCUGUGUGCCAUAGUAAUGUUCCAUUCAGAGCCUGAAAUUAUUCUCAAAUUGUAAAUCAAGAUCAAAAUCACUUUUUAUAAGAAAUAGAAGAUAUCAUGAAUUAGUGAAUCCAUUGAAAACCGUGAACAAAGCUACGUUGUAUUUUAACCGUUUUUUUAUUCUUUGCUUUCUGUUAGUUUGCCAAGUAGUGUUUUUUGUGUUUGUGCGUUGCGCACAGUUCUCAUAUUUGAUAAACUAGAAGAACCAAGGUCGGCUGACGAAAAAUAACUGAUGCGUGCAUAAUAGGCUGGGGGGGAGGGGGUGCAAGUCCAGUCUGAAGUCAAUCAGUGUGUGGAUUCCUUCCAAGCUAAUUGCUAAAAUGGCUAUUGAGGUUUUUUAAGAGCAACCAGGUUUGUCAAUAGUAGUCUUAGAGGACUCUUUGCACUGGGCUUUAAUACAGUCACUUAUUUUUAUUUGUUUCUUUAUUUUACCCAGAUGUGACCAAAUUAAGUGAACAGAGAUUUUAAAGCAUUCAUUUAUUGUGUGAGUUGAAUUGUUUGUUGUGAUUGUGGUUGAAGGAGAGCAGCUGCUCUCAUGAUAUAGCUUUUCUGAUGAGGCGCUAUAUUAAGACCAACUGCCUUUAAAAAUAUUGUGUUUGCAUUGUGUGCAUUUCCUCCUAUCUCCGUAUAAGUUUACAAAACUGUGAUUAUGCCAUAUGUCAAAGUUAGUAUAUGCUAACUAGUCCAUGCUAGCAUAUUUUUUUUUUUAUUUGUCGCUUUAACAAUCGAUUUAUGUGGUAUGUUGAUAGAACAGGGCUGUCCAACCUGCGGCCCCCCCAGAUGUUGCUGAACUACAACUCCCAUGAUUCCCUGGCUAUCUUUUUAAUUGAAAGAAUCAUGGGAGUUGUAGUUCAGCAACAUCUGGGGGGCCACAGGUUGGACAGCCCUGUGAUAGAAAAACUGGUAAAAUUUUGUAGAUUUCAAGUAUUGCUUCCUUAUUCCGAUAUUCAUUUUAUUUAUUUAUGUUGCAGAUCCUGUGCCAAGAUGCCAAUCCUCAAGCAGUCAAGUUCACACACAAAGAAACGAACCCGCAUUGAUCGAGAGAUGAUUAGCGCUCCUCUUGGAGACUUUAGACACACAAUGCAUGUCGGAAGAGGGGGAGAUGUGUUUGGAGACACCUCCUUUCUUAGCAACCAUGGCCCUUCCCCGGCCCCAGCUGUGGAUGCCCAGGCACCCAGCAAGAAUGGUCUCACAAAAACCAUUUCUAAGGAACACGAAGAAACCAAAAUGGCUGACUCUCUUAGUCAACUUUCACAGUCAUCUGGAAUAGGCUCUGGUGCGGGAAGUGUCUCUUCUAGUCCUGUUAAUAAUGUGCCAUCCAAAGAUGAUAGCCUGUGGAAUACUAGCAACAGUGGUAGACAGCCUGAUCAGUUUGAUUGGCUCUCACCUGACAGUGACUGUGGGCUGAAGCAUGCCGAGUCAAUGCUGUCCUUCCAUCUUGACCUUGGUCCUUCCAUCUUGGAUGAAGUAUUAGGAGUUAUGGACAGAGAUGACCCCACCUCCGACUGGAAUAGCCCAGAUGACCAAUGCAAUUUUGGCUACAAGUUCUCCCCUGUCCAUGCUCCAGAUAACGAAAAACACAUAUCUUCUGCUGUGGAACCACAAGAAAUCCAUUGUAGUCAGUCCAGUACUCUUCCUGCUGUAAAUUCUGCUAUGGACUAUAAUACCAGCACCAUGUCGGAAAAACUGCAGGAAAACAGUUCGGCGUAUGAAGAGGACAGCGAAGAAGAAAAACGGUCUAUUUAUGAAGGUAUUGCAGAUAGUCCACAGCAGCAUGAACACAGUUUACGUAGAAAUCACCAUGUUGAGGUGGAAGAAGAGGAUGAAGAGGACGAUGAUGAAGAAGCGGGACAGGGAUACACAUUCGACGAGGACAUUGAUGAUGAAAUUGGAGUAUAGGAAUGAAAGAAGCCUUAUAAAAACUUUUUCUUAUUUUUGCUUUCUUGACUGUAAGACUACAGUGACCGCACCAAGGUCAACAAUUGCAAUGGGAUCAAACUUUUUUAAGGAAAAUAAAGUAGAUACCAUUUUCUUUUUCUUUUACUUUGUUAAACAAGGGACAUGCUAAGUACAGAAGCAACGGACUCUAUAUGGACUCCUCCUUCCCUUGAUAUUUUUGGCCCUAGUGUGGAUUUUAUUUUGAGAGCUGAGACAUCAACUCACUUAACUCACUUUUGUAAACUUAUUCUAGUUAAUGGUUUUGCCCUCUUUCCCAUCUCCCAGUGUUUGUUAUAAUAAAAAUGUAAUUUAUAGUAAUGUCAGAAGGCCGCUGUUUAGGUAUGGUUUUUUGCAUUUUGGAUUAUUAUGAAAGACUAUAAGGAAUGUGAGAGAGGGAAACUAUUAUUUUUGUCAAAUUAUUAUUUUAUUAAGUCCCUGUGCAGUUUUAUUAUUGUAUUAAAGUGCUAUAUUGUACUACAAUUAUUACACAUACCCUAAUUUUUGUCAUAUGCGUUCCUGUAGGGGAGAGUCUCUCCUUCUGGCUUCAGCCUCUCAGCUAAGCAACAUUUAGCAUUCCAUAUGCUAUGAAUCGAAUCUCCCAUAAUUCUCUACCACCUACUGUCGGGCAGAGCAUCGUGGUACAUAUAGUGCACAGGAUCUUGAGUGGCUGGCGUACACUGCCAAAUUUGGUUCAACAUAGAAUUUUUAUUUUACAGUAGCAGUUUUGUGACUGAUGGAUUUAUUUCAGAUUAGGUUGGAUGUGGUAAAGUCAAAAGUUCUAAAAAUUGUAAAGGAAAAGCAUGAAAAUUCACAAUAGUUGCACAAAUUUACACUACAAUAUUUAUUUUCAAAAGCAAGUGGAAUUUUAGAAAGCAAAAAUAAUAGUUUCAUAUUAUGUGGGUGAUGGCAAAAAAAGUGACAAAUAUUUUUUUGGAAGAAAAUGAGGAAAUUUUACCACAGGCUGUUGGACCUGAUAUCUGUAAUAAUUUUCAUAGAAAUUUCUUUUUAUAGACUAUUAUUGAAACAGAGAAUAUAUUUCCUUAUUUUUUUUUUUUUUUGUAAAUAGAUUAUUUGUGAAUAUGAUGUCCAUUUUUAAAUACACAAGUGGGGUACACAGAUUCGUGCCAAAGCAAUAGGAAGAUAUUUGAAAAUUGGUUUUGUUUUACCUCUGGAUAAAUAUUGCUUAUUGAAGAAUGCUUGUAAAAUAAUGUUCCCAUUUAAAUAUAGACAUAAAGUGUGGAAAAAAAAGUCAGUGUUUGUGUUACUUUUAAGAAGUAAUCCACUUUACAGAACCUUUCAUUGUGCUAUGUAUGGCUGCUAACAUCUCCAUGAAAAUAUGAGCAAAAAGUAUCAUGUUUCCUGUGGACAAGUUUGGUACAAAUUAUCAUUAUUAAAUGUGAACGAUUUUCAAAGAAACGUUCACGUGGAAUAUAAUUUAAAGUAUACCUUGUUAUUGCGUUUUUAGAAAAUACCAUUUCAUCUAUAAAUGGUGCUGUUCAGACUGCUGGAGAGUGCAUAUAAUCUAUUAGGAUGUAUUCCAUGUUUUAAUAUUCUAGUGAAAGGCUUAAAAUAACUUCAGGAGCGGGAAAUUCCGAGGUAGGAGGAUGAGCAAGAAGGAUUGAACUGAGUAUUUAAUACUCGCCUCCUCUCUAGCGUGCCACAGCAACCAGAACAAAGUCCUCCCUUCUCCCACCCAUCUCCUAUGUGGACGGCACUGCUUGGGAGCACUAUCAUAUGCAUAUAGAUGCUCCCCUUUGAAACAGACACAAAGUCUUCAUUACCAGCACAUACACUUGCGAACAUUGCAUCAACUAUCCCUCCAUUUCUAUACUUUUAUUGCUAAAGCAGAAGGUGCUUGCUAGAGGAGUUAUCACAGCAACUAGAGUGUUUGCGCUGUAGUGGCUGUGAUGGAAAGCAGUAGAGACUUAUGUGGUAUGGUUCUAUUACUCUUCAUUGUCAGUUCUGACAGCAUAGAACACUACAACCGCAGUAUGCAGUUCUGUGCCAAUAACCGAUUGACAAAUGAGGACAGGGACCAUUUUUAUUUAUAUUUUUUUAUUAAAAAAUUAUUUUUUACAUUGGCUAGAAAUUCUACAGUCAUGUCAUGUUCCUCUUUGUUUUAAAACGCAUAGGGAGAUAAACCUUAUUAGGUACACUUUAAUGGGACACUAUUGUCACCAAAACAAAUUCUCUUAAAGUUCUCUUAAUGAAGCAGUUUUGGUGUAUAGAUCAUGCCAUUGCAGUCUCGCUGCUCAAUUCUAUGCCUUUCAGGAGUUAAAUCACUUUGUGCACACCUCCCUGCAUGUGACUUACACAACCUUCCUAAACACUUCCUGUAAAGAGUCCUCUAAUGUUUACACUUCCUUUAUUGCAAAUGUUUUGAUUUAUAAUUUCUUAUUUCUUGCUCUGUUCAUAGCUUUCUUAACCCCAUAGGAGCCUCCUGUAUGUAAUUAAUUUUCAAAUAACAGAGCAGGAGAUAAAAACUUUCAAAGUAAGUUACAUCUGAUUGAAAAUGAAACCAUUUUGUUUUCAUGUAGGCUGCAUCAGUCCCAGCCAGGGGAUGCUUGGCUAGAGCUGCAUAAACAGAAACAAAAGUGAUUUAACUCCUAUAUGGCAGAAAAUUGAGCAGUAAAACUUCAGAGGCAUGAUCCAUACCCAAAAAUUGCUUCAUUAAGCCAAAGUUGUUUUGGUGACUAUAGUGUCUUUUUAGUGUCCACAAAUCUGGGCAAAUUAAACACUUCAAGCGUGUGGGUGUGUAUACAAAUGCAUAUUAUUAACUUGGUGUGUGUGCAAGAUAUAUACAGCUAUUUACAAUGUAAAUAGGAGACAUAAUAACUGUAUAAUAACCGCUUUUCUGAACGACCUGGUAAACUUUACUUUCUUCCUGAUUCACAUAACACGUCUCUAAGACUACCCUCUCUUAAUAAAGAAUGUUUGAGUCACAACUGUACUCUUGUGUAUUUGCAUUUGAACUUUAAACCUACAUGUCCUGAUGUUUCAGCAGUUUUUUUUGCUGUACUUUGUACAUUGUUUUAUUACCAAAUUGAUCUAUGAAAAUGCUCUUAUGAUGUUUCUAUGCCUCUGUAUAAAAAAACAAAACAAAAGUUGCUUCGUAAAAAUAUGUACUUCACAUAAUAUUUAUUUUUUUUUUUUAAUUAUAAAUGUUAUUUUCUGCAUUGAAGAA